ACUCGUCGAGUUUCGCAAAUCGCUCGAAGUUAGCCUAACGCAGAAGAUUGCGGAUUGGCUUUUAAACGACUGGAUCGCUGCAUUGAUUGUUGACCUUGCGGCACGAACCGUCGCUAUUCUCGUCGCGUUUUAAUGAAUAACGACGAGCAAUCGAUAGUCCGUGGGCCGCCCAGGACUGGGUUUUCAGCAAGUCCAAGGAGAAUUCCAUUAAAGUUAACCGACGUGGUCAAGUACGUCUAAAGUCCAUUGAAUUAAACAUCGAUGUGGCCCUUCUGUGGCUUUGUUUACGCCCGAUGCUCGAUGGUCUCGGAAGAGUUGCGCGAGGAAAAGGUGUUGGUAAAGUUAGCCAGGAUUCUACUCACCGCCAUCUACUGCUGAGAGUGAGGCUUCUGGAUAUCUGAAAUUGGCCGAAUCCUGUUACGUUUGACGAUCGGUUAAUCGGCCAGUGAACGUGAAACGUUCGAACGAAAAUUGAAAAAAGAAGCUGAAAAUUGAAAUUUGCGUUGCAACUGAAAUUCCAGUUCCGACGCGCUGCCAUAUAACCCACGCGUCUGCACGCUGUCUGAAAGCCUUGCGUUCUUGCGAAUGGCCGAGAGAUCAUCGAACUUCAGCUGCACCCGAACCACAAAGUUCCGAAUAUCCGUCGAAUGUGUUUCGAUCGUACGCGUAGCUUACGAACCCUCUUCUCCAAAAAAAAAGAAGGAUAAAAAGGAUCAAAUUUGUUCCAACCUAACGGCUUUCGUAUAACUGUAGAACGUAAUUUCCCAGCAUCGUGAGUCGACCGCCUCGUGAGUGUCCUUCCAGGAAUAUCAAAGAUUUCGGAAAAAGAAGGAAAUUUCACCUACGGAUUCCCACUUUUACUAACAGACGAUCCCGCGAACAGUUCUGAGACCUUAACACCAGCUCUCAGACCUCGCCAUUAGGUCACCGAGUCGCAGGAAGCUGAGAAUGCUGGGGCCACGGCCGCGCCUCUAAUCGGCCUGGGAGAUAAAAGAGCGGGAAAGGAACGUGGUCUCGCGACGAGGCUAAAACGGCGAUGCGGUCAGAUUAAUUCAAGCAGCUGGCGUUCCAUUAUCCUGCGAAAUAAUGACAAGUUUGCGGAGGGGAGGGGGUAUCGUUCGGUAAUGGCUGGCGACAGUUCCAUCGCGGCUCGCUGAGAGCAAUAUCGACGUAAAUCGAGUAAUAACGUCGCGAAGCAGCGGAUUCCACGCCGAUGUAAUUCCUCGCAUAAACAUCCAGCAUGCAAUUACGCGGUAAUGCAAUUUCCCGCCCAAGCUGUCUCGCUUCAUCCUUCUUUUUUUCCUCGCGUCUGGCGUCGCAUUUCAAGGAAACCACGCGACUGUUAAAAAUGAAGCGACACGUGGAACGUGCACGGCCUUCGGGACAAUUGCCAGUCGCGAUCGAAAACGAAGAUUCGAUCGGUUGCUGAGUAUCACAGGAUCGCGCUCCUGUCGCACAGACGAUAACACGAGGAACAGGAAUUUUCGUUAGCCGCCGAAACUGUCCACGUUUGUUUGAUCUCAACUAUUCUUCCUCACAAGAUGACAUGUCUGUUUUUGAAUUGGUCGCGAGAUAGAAGACAAAAAAGAGCGUAUGAAGAGUCGUUGGAAUUUGUGAAAAAUUUCUAGGACAAAAGUCAUGCACACCCUAUCGCCGCACUUCGCAGUAUAAAAGCUUCCUGAAGGAAAUUUGAUUCAGCAGCGAGAAGACAGUAGAAGCUUGGCCGUAUAAAACGGUCUCGAACAGGCUAUCGUAUGAUCUCUUUCUCGGCAAAGCUACGGCAAUUCAGAGAUGGACCAACGAUUCCUUAAUUUCGUUGCAAAGUGUGCGUGGUCUGACCUGGUCUACGAGCGUUCCAGCUGUUAAGAGAUGGCUAGCACGGAUAGCUUCGUGGAUGGAUGUACUACCAGAUCGUGUCAGCGCGGACGUGUCCCAUGAAGUCGAUAGACGACGGCAGCAAAGUCGGGGCGCGAUCUUCGAGCAUCACCGACACGGGAUCGGACGUCUAUCGCGGCACCAGGUGAAUCGAAGUCGAGCAACGCUCGCCCACAAGUAAAUCCCGCCUUUGCGCCAUGUACAAGAUCCUCCGACGCGGCUCCAGCCGCGUGUUCGUCGCCUGCGUGGUUCUCUUGACUCUGCUCUUGUGUCUGUACUACGUGAACCAGGCACAGGCGCCAUCCACAGGUCCAUCUGCCGGCAUCCUAAACGAGGAGCUGAGAUACGAUCGAGGUCUGACCUCCAUCACGCCGGACUACGUUGAAUCUCCAGAUGCGAAGGUCUCGCUGGACACCUGUCCAGUCAUCGUGCCCAGAAACGUGAACAUCGACACGCAACAGGAGUUCAGGAAGUUCGACUUCCAGCCGUCGUGGAUGCGCAGCCGGGAAUACUGGGACGACAGCUUCGAGACUCGUUACGUGGUGCUCAGGAAAGAUCCGACGAGGCCGCCGUUGAAGGUGAUCCUGGUGCCCCACAGUCAUACAGAUCCAGGAUGGUUGAAAACGUUCGAGCAGUACUUCCACAGCUCCACCAGGAGCAUCUUGAACAACAUGGUGUCGAAGCUUCAGCAGUGGCCCAACAUGACUUUCAUCUGGAGCGAAGUGUCCUUUUUGUCACUUUGGUGGGAAAGUGCCCAUCCCACCAAGAAGAUGGUCGUGAAAAGGUUAGUGAAAGAUGGCAGGCUCGAGAUGACCACAGGGGGCUGGGUGAUGACCGACGAAGCAACGUCGCACAUCUACGCCAUGUUGGAUCAGCUGAUCGAGGGUCACCAGUGGCUGAAGACGAACCUGGACGUGAUCCCAGAAUCUGGUUGGUCCGUGGACCCUUUUGGUCAUGGUGGUACUAUACCAUACUUCCUGAAAGCCUCUGGAGCUUCUGGUACAGUCAUUCAGAGAAUACACUAUGCGUGGAAGCAGUGGUUCGCCAAGGAACAGUACGGUGACUUCAUCUGGAUACAGCCCUGGGAUCAAACCGGCAAGGCUGAUAUGUUGACUCACAAUCAACCGUUCGAUAUCUACAACAUCAAGCAUUCCUGUGGUCCACAUCCUCAUGUGUGUCUGAACUUCGACUUUAGGAAAAUUCGUGGAGAGUAUACCGAGUAUUCGGUCAGGGCGGUGGAGAUUACGCCUAACAAUGUCAAACAGAUGGCUGAGCUACUUCUGGAACAGUAUUCUAGGACCGGGUCACUGUUCACGCAUAAUGUGGUGUUGAUGCCGCUUGGAGAUGAUUUUAGAUACGACCAUGCUAUCGAGUGGGACCAACAGUACACCAACUAUAAAAUUCUAAUGGACUACAUUAACAGUAGAAAAGAAGAGUACAAUGCAGAAAUUGUGUUCGGUACGCCUAAAGACUACUUCCGUGAGAUCAGAAAACGAAUCGAGGAGUUCCCAACAUUGAAGGGCGACUUCUUCGUAUACUCCGACAUCUUCAGCGAGGGCAGACCAGCCUAUUGGAGCGGCUACUUCACUACGAGGCCGUACAUGAAAAUUUUGGACCGUGAGUUGGAAGCUAAUCUCCGAUCAGCUGAGAUCCUCUACACCAUAGCUCUAAACGUGGCCAAACAAUCUGGCAAAGACUUCAUGCUGUAUGAGACUUACUUCGAGAAACUGGUGAAAGCCAGGAGAAAUUUAGGUCUCUUCCAACAUCACGAUGCCAUCACUGGUACCUCCAAGUCCUUCGUCAUGAAGGACUAUGCUCUAAAACUGUUCGAAUCUAUUUCAGACACGACCAGUCUCCAGAGUUUCGCCAUUCAGUCCUUAGCUGGAAGCGCCAGCAAGCCUAAUUCUGUGUAUGUUUUGGCUGAGUCGGAUAGAGACAGCUACGAAAAGCUACCAAAAAAGAUACCCAUUGGUAUCAAUGGUCAGGAAACUAAGAAGAUAGUCCUAUUUAACCCUCUGGCUCAGCCCAGGCAGGAGGUGAUCAGUCUCAAAGUCACUUCCUACAAAAUUAGGGUUCUGGAUACACAGAAGAACCCUAUUCCGUAUCAGAUAGCUCCUGUGAUGAACGCCACGAGCAUUACUCACGAUGUUUAUGUUUUGUUAUUUGUGGUUGAACUGAAACCUUUGUCCAUAGCCACGUAUCAUCUUCAGCAGGUAGAUAAGGUGCCCAUGGAGGCUAUUUCCACAGUGUAUUGCAGCAGAUGUGGCAAGGACAACGUAUUUCCUAUCAAACCCAUGCAAGUAGGCGACGUUCAGUUGGAAAACCAAAGGAUGAAACUGUUGUUCGAUGGUCAGACCGGGUUCCUGAAGAGGGUGACCAAAAAGGCGACUGGUAAGAUCAUGCAAUGCGCCAUUCAGUUCGCUGCCUAUCCGUCUGCACAGUUCCACAGUGGGGCCUAUUUAUUCAUGCCUGAUCCUAAUCUUCGAGACAUCGAUAAGGACGUUCUUGAAGCGUACACCCCUCAUCAAAAGAUCUACAUCGUUAGUGGAAGCCUGAGUUCGAGGCUGACAGUCGAAUAUGGAAAGUUGUUGAGCCACCAUGUGGCCAUUUAUCACAGAGACGACGGACUAGGCGAGGCUAUCUAUCUGAGAAAUAUUGUGGACUUUGAAACUCCGCCAAAGAACCGUGAAACAGAAAUGUUCAUGCGUCUACAAACUGAUAUCCUGAAUGGUGACCCUCCAGAGUUUUAUACAGACCUAAACGGUCACCAGAUGAUCAAAAGGACGAAGAUAGAGAGAAUUGGCAUCGAAGGUAACUACUUUCCCAUCACCACUAUGGCCUACAUAGAAGACACCAAUCACAGACUUACUCUGUUGGUGAAUCACUGCCAAGGAGCAGCCAGUUAUCAGCCAGGCUGGCUAGAAGUGAUGUUAGACAGGAGAACGCUAUAUGAUGACUCCAGAGGAAUGGGUGAAGGUCUUCUGGACAAUCGUAGGACUGUCAUCAAGCACUGGCUACUGCUAGAAGACAUCACCGGGGAAAAGGACAAGUACUCCAAGCCUUCCCUCUUUGCCAAUCAUCUAAGCAAUGCUCUCAACUAUCCUGUGAACAUUUUCGUAGUAGAUGGUACAGAAGGUGACAUAGCGAUGGCACCAGAGGUUAGGCUACUAAGUCAAAGUUUCCCCUGUGAUCUGCAUCUGUUAAAUUUGAGGACCAAUCACGAUCAAAAGCUGCCACACUUCCCUGUGAAUAGUGCCCUGAUGGUGCUCCAUAGACAAGGUUAUAGUUGCUCUGUGGGAGUGGAUGUGGCCAUGAAACACUGUCCACUGACUGAGAAAAUUGGUCAAGGGACUUCGUUCUUCAAACUAGCGAAUCUUAAUGUAACCAAGACUUCGCUAACCGGCACCAAGACAAAGCAGAGGCUAAAGGACGGCCUCCAGGGGGUGAGUCUACAACCCAUGGAGGUGGAAACAUUCAACGUAAAUUUCGUCCAAUGAUCGUAAGCCCAGCAGAAGCGUUUGCCUGCCUUCUCAACAGGACACUGCCCUGGCAGAUGCUACCUCUUCGGGUCUUCGUGCAAUCCACUGGAAUCAGAGAGGGGAAUUGCCCUACAGAUGGCGCUGGGACCGUGUUCUUCUUGCCCCAUUUGUUACCUUGUAUUCCAUGGUCAAUUCAGUGUACAUACUUAGACGCCACGGUGAUGUUGACUGUGUCAGCAUCAGUGUACAUACACACACCAGGCCAUCACACUGUGCUCCAUUCUCUACCUUUUAGUUGAGUUUCUAAUUAGGCAGGCAGGGACAGGAAGAGAGAGUCCACAUAAGAAGAGAAAUUAUACAUGCUCGCUGUGUCCUCUGACUUCACGUUAGAUUCACAAGGUUUCCUAUGCUCCUCAAAUCAUCUUACACGACUGUAGGAACAUGUAGGAGUUAGAAAUCAUUUCUGAAGCCCGGUCUCCGUCGCUAAAACCAUUCAAACGUUUCUACACCAGUCAAUUUUUACUCCCAGGUACUUUAAAGGGACUACCGGACGAGGCCUGGCUUCAGAAGCAUGCCAAAACAAACUGACGACACAAUCAAACGAUCAAAGUGCAUUACAGACUAGUAAUCUGUACAAAGGUAGAGAUUCAGCUCGCGCGAGGCGCAUGGGAAUAGUGUGGAUUAUGGUGAACAGGGUGCUCCACUUAGCUUAUGCGUUUGAAUGACUUUAUGAUUGAGAUUAUUUUUGAGAAUGGAUAGUUUGUUGAUGGAAAUUAAUCAAAAAAGAUUCUUAUACCUUCAAUUUCACAAUUGAUCAAAUUUCAUAAUUGAUUAAAAAGACCCAGAUGACAAAAUGGUGAAUUGAAACAAUUUUGUGGGAAGUGUUAAUUCUGAUUCUUUAACAAUAUAAUGGUUGUUGGAAAGCUCCUUUUUAAUUUUUUUUAAAUAUAGAAAGUAAGGAAAAGUUUACAAGUAAACUAAUAUAAAUUCUCAUAAAUCUUCUAAAUAUUCUAAGUUCCUCUAAGAACUAGUAAGUUAAUUCGCUUAGGACAAUAAAGUUUGCCCCAUAAAAACAGAUGAUUUGUAGAAUACACGUCAAAUGUUUUAGCUAAAUGGACUCACCGUGUGAAAUACUAUAAAUAAUAUAUUAUAUUGUACAUAUCAAAACUGGACUUAACCUUAGACCGUAUAUUGUGAUAGCGUGAGAUAUAUAAUGUAAAUGGUAUACACCUAUUUUCAUAUGCAAAACGUUAAACGAUAAGACUCUCUCUUCCUUCUCCAGACAGAGUGAUGAAAGAAAAUGAAAUCAAUCGCCAGAGACCACUGGUGACUUCCAACGCUCUUCCAAUUCUAGCGGGGACAUGAUUUAGUUGAGCCUGAAGGCUGGAAAGUACCUAUUUUUUACUUUUGCUAAGCGAAUCCGGUUGGAGAGACGAAAAGGUUCGAUCAGGCGUCCGCUGUACGACAGACUCGUGUAAAUAUUAGACUAAUUAGCAAGAGAAGAAGCGUCGUACGGGUUCCACGCGAAUUUUUACAACCAAACCCUUCAUUGAAGUACGCUUCUUGGUCAGAGAAGAGGUUAGGUUUCAAUUUCUCGUGACCAGCUUAUUUCAACAACUCAUCGAGCCUAGAGUGGCUUAUAUAAACAUUUGUUAUACGAUUGUUAAGGUGUUUUUAAUUUUAUCUAUUGAAUAUUUGUCAUUUUUAUAAAUUUUAUCAAUGGCUCUUUCUUGAAAUUAGGGAUAUCUAAAUAAAGUAUCAGGAAAAAAUAUACAAAAUAAAUUUUUCAAUUUAUAUAUAUUACAUUUUUUAAUUAGUUAUUAUUUUAUUCGUAAGUUUUGGAGAAGAUAUAUGCUAGGAAAAAUUUCACUGACGAUUCUGCUGCUGGGAAUUUUAUUCCUCUGCUAGUAAUAUUUUGCAAGGGGACUCCAACGCAGAUGAUGCAUUUGUGUGCAUCUGUAAUUAAGCUCAGGUUGUUGACCUCCUAGUUUUCUAAUCCAAGUACUCGGUGAAUUUUAUGAUAUAAACAAGUAAAUCGUUGGUGAUGUGAUUAAUAGCAUGUCCUGGUAAUGGAGAAACUAUAGGGACAGAGAUAAAAAAUACACUCUAGUUCCUUUUAACUUUAGUUCUAUUCGUUAUUUUUAUUGAUUUAACUAUGCUUUACACUAAGAAAAUAUAAAUUAGUGUAUAAUAUUUUGUAACAAGAAAAAUUGAAGUACAAUUAUUUUUAAGAUUUUUGAAGUACAAGUAGUAGAAAAUCCUAUAAUCUGAAAAAUCUCGUAUGUGAAGACACUAGUAUCAAUCUUCGAAGAAGAAAACACUAGUUACUGGCUAAGGGACAACCUGUCUCCAAGUGGGCCAACUGAAGAAAGUAAAAUAUCAAGAUGGUUGUUGAACACGUCACCACCAAGAGAUUCGCGUUGGAACACCGGAGAAUUAGAUUAAAAAAAAAAAAACGAUCGCCGGAGAUCCGUGACUGUCCUUGUAACGAUAUUGUAACAUACUACGUGUUUGUGCUGUCUCUAGAGAAGAAAGAUCUAUAUUAAAGAUGGUAUAUGUAUACAUACGUGUACGUGUGCACACGGCACGCACGUGUGUAGUACACGUAUAUAGAGAUAUAUUUGCAAAUCGCUGGGACCACUCGCAAGAAUAGCUACUUGCGAGCUGUCCAGCUGGAUGAGGACAAUUACACACCACGAUAUUCCUUAUGUUAUGAUGUAAUAUUAUAUUUAUUGAAUAAAGAUAGUAACUGACGUAUUUUAA